CGCGGAGGGCUUCCCGCGCCCGCCCCGCCUGCCGCGGCAGGGGGAUUAGUCAGCAGUCUGCGGGCAGCCCCGCUCCCGCGCAAACUCCGCGGUGGGGGCGGGGAGCGGAGGCGCCUGCCCCUUCCCGCGGCGAGGGGCGGCGGGGCCGCGGCGGCGGGGCUGCCCCCCCCACCUGCUGUCCGCGCCGCCGCUCCGCGGCCGCGGCGAGGGGCGGCGGGUUGGCAAGUGAGGCAACGAGGCGCUGGAAACUCCUCCCGGGAACGGCGGCGUUGCGGGAGGACGAGCGCCCGAGCCGCCCCGCUCACGGAGCCAAGCGGGAGUGCACACACUCGCGCACACACACCGCGCACACCGCACGCUCGCGGCGGCGGCCCCCGGCCCCCCGCUGCCGCUGCCGGCAGUGAGGCGGCGCCCGGCGGGGCUGCCCCAUGGUCUUGCGGGGGCCGUGGGGGAGCUGCGGGGGCCCCGGCGCGGCGCUCGCCCUCCUGCGCGCCCUCCGCACUAGGAUGUUGCGGCAGGUCUUGCACAGGGGGCUGGGGACGUCUUUCUCCCGGCUUGGCCACUUCGUCGCCAGCCACCCAGUGUUCUUCGCCUCGGCGCCCGUGCUCAUUUCAAUUCUGCUGGGCGCCAGCUUCAGCCGCUACCAGGUGGAGGAGAGCGUAGAGCACCUCCUGGCCCCCACGCACAGCCUGGCCAAGAUCGAGAGGAACCUGGUGGACAGCCUCUUCCCGGUGAACCGCUCCAAGCACCGUCUCUACUCCGACCUGCAGACGCCGGGAAGGUACGGCAGGGUGAUCAUCACCUCCUUCCGCAAGGCCAACAUGUUGGACCAGCACCACACCGAUCUCAUCCUCAAGCUGCACUCUGCUGUGACCAGGAUCCAAGUUCAAAGACCUGGUUUCAAUUACACGUUUGCCCAUAUAUGUAUCCUGAACAAUGACAAGACAUGCAUAGUGGACGACAUAGUGCAUGUACUGGAGGAAUUAAAGGCUGCUCGUUCUUCUAAUCGAACUAAUUUUGCAAUCACUUAUCCGAUUACUCACUUAAAGGAUGGCAGGGAAGUGUAUAAUGGGCAUCAGCUUGGUGGGGUUACUGUGCACAGCAAAGACCGGGUGAAGUCUGCAGAAGCCAUUCAGCUCACCUACUACUUGCAGGCAAUCAACUCCUUGAAUGACAUGGUGGCAGAAAAGUGGGAAUCCAUUUUUUGUGACACUGUUGAACUUUUCCAGAAAUCCAACAGGAAAAUCAAAAUGUAUCCUUUCACUUCUUCUUCGCUGAAGGAGGAUUUCCAGAAGACAAGCAGGGUGUCAGAACGCUACCUGAUCACAAGCUUGGUCCUUGUGGUCACCUUGGCCAUUCUCUGCUGCUCCAUGCAGGAUUGUGUCCGCAGCAAACCCUGGCUUGGCCUGCUGGGAUUGCUGACCGUGACCCUUGCCACCCUGACUGCAGCUGGGAUCAUCAAUCUCACUGGUGGGAAAUACAAUUCCACCUUCCUGGGAAUCCCCUUCGUCAUGUUAGGUCAUGGUUUAUAUGGGACUUUUGAAAUGUUGUCCUCCUGGAGGAAGACUAGAGAAGACCAACACGUUAAAGAGAGGACUGCAGCUGUAUUUGCAGACUCCAUGCUCUCGUUUUCUCUCACCACUGCCAUGUACCUGGUCACUUUUGGAAUAGGUGCCAGUCCCUUCACUAACAUUGAAGCAGCCAGGAUUUUCUGCUGCAAUUCCUGUAUUGCAAUUUUCUUCAACUACCUCUAUGUACUCUCCUUUUAUGGUUCCAGCCUGGUGUUUACUGGCUACAUAGAAAACAACUACCAGCAUAGUAUCUUCUGCAGAAAGGUACCAAAGCCAGAGGUAUUGCAAGAGAAGCCUGCAUGGUAUAGGUUUCUUCUGACAGCCAAAUUCAGCGAGGACACAGAUGAUUCAGAGGAAACAAACACUUACGAGAGUCAUCUUUUGGUGUGGUUCCUGAAACGAUAUUAUUGUGACUGGAUAACAAACACUUAUGUCAAGCCUUUUGUAGUUCUCUUUUACCUUGUUUAUAUUUCCUUUGCCUUAAUGGGCUACCUGCAGGUCAGUGAAGGGUCAGACCUGAGCAACAUCGUAGCGACUGCGACACGGACUAUUGAGUAUACAACUGCCCAGCAGAAGUAUUUCAGUAACUACAGCCCAGUGAUUGGGUUCUACAUUUAUGAGUCGAUUGAGUACUGGAAUACCAGUGUCCAAGAGGAUGUACUGGAGUAUACCAAGGGCUUUGUGAGGAUAUCUUGGUUUGAAAGCUACUUAAAUUACCUUAGGAAACUCAACAUAUCCACUGGGUUGCCCAAGAAGAACUUCACUGAUAUGUUGAGGAACAACUUCCUGAAGACCCCUCAGUUUGCCCAUUUUUCAGAGGAUAUCAUCUUUUCCAAGAAAUACAACAAUGAAGUUGAUGUCGUGGCAUCCAGGAUGUUCUUGGUGGCCAAGACAAUGGAAACUAAGAGGGAAGAACUUUAUGACCUCUUGGAGACCCUGAGGAAGCUCUCUCUCACCUCCAAGGUGAAAUUCAUUGUUUUCAAUCCAUCAUUUGUGUACAUGGAUCGUUAUGCUUCUUCAGUGGGAGCACCCUUACAAAACUCCUGCAUUAGUGCUUUAUUUCUGCUCUUCUUCUCUGCAUUCCUCGUGGCAGACUCUCUGAUCAAUGUCUGGCUCACUCUAACUGUUGCCUCAGUUGAAUUUGGAGUUAUAGGUUUUAUGACCUUGUGGAAAGUGGAACUAGAUUGUAUUUCUGUGUUGUGCUUAAUUUACGGAAUUAAUUACACAAUUGACAACUGUGCUCCACUGUUAUCAACCUUUGUCCUGGGCAAAGAGUUCACAAGAACUAAAUGGGUGAAAAAUGCCCUGGAAGUGCAUGGGGUAGCUAUUUUGCAGAGCUACCUCUGCUAUAUUGUUGGUCUGAUUCCUCUUGCAGCUGUGCCUUCAAAUCUGACCCGUACACUGUUCAGGUGCUUGUUUUUGAUAGCAUUAGUCACCUUCUUUCACUGCUUUGCCAUUUUACCUGUGAUACUGACUUUCCUGCCACCAUCCAAAAAGAAGAGGAAAGAGAAGAAGAAUCCUGAAAACCGUGAGGAAAUAGAGUGUGUUGAAAUGGUGGAUAUGGAUAGCACCCGAGUGGUUGACCAAAUUACAACAGUCUAACUUGUUUGUUUGUUGCUUUUUUUACACUAGGUCUUACUGAGGAAAAAGAGGAAAAAAAAAAAUAAGAAGAAAGAAACCAGUAGUGACUAAAUAUCUGAGGACAGGAAGGGGUUUGGAUGUUUUCCUUCUCCCCACCCCCACCCCAAGCUAAAUCCAGGAAUAUUCAAAAUGAUGGGAGAAAUUAGAUUUUUUUUUU